UAACAGGGGAAGCUUCCAUGGCAAUGUAAUCCAAAACAACCUGUUCGAUCGCAUGUCAGGUACACGAUUUCCUUAAUUAAUUCGUGUGACGGUAUUCUUUGGCUCUGAUGUAUGCCGUGGAAGUUAAUCCCUAGGUCUAUCAGAUUUAAAUUGCUGAAACCAUGUAAAGCGUUGCCAAAUAUCAGAGAAAUAGAAAGUUAAGAAUAACCAGGGGCAGUGCUCACUCAGACUCUGCUAUCCAGCAUGUCAUCCACUGAGGAUCCAAAUCCCUCAAACGGAGAUAAUGAUUCAACAAAGGAAAAUGGACUCCAGGAUGAGGAAGACCACCCAGUUGAGGCAGACAUACCAGCUGACCCCGAGGAAGUUGCUAAAGCAAAACAACUCCUUAAACAAUCUAGUGAAAUCAUCAAUGUCCAUCAGUUUUAUCCAGAUUUAGAUGUACUGUUUGAUAAAGAAGGUGUCACUAAAUCUAGCACUUUGAUUGAUGAGACUGAGGAGACAAGUGGUGAGGAGGAUGAAGAUGAGGAUGAGGAGGAUCAAUUGACAGAUGUUACUGAUGAGGGAGAGGAGAAACAGAGCAUGGUGCAAUAUUCUGGUGCUGAGGGAGGAAGUGAGCAGGCUGAAGGUGGGGUAUUUGCCACUGCAGUUAGUGAGGAAACAUUGGCGGCAGCAAAAGAAAGAAAGAAGAGCAAAGGGAAGGCCUUUGAACCCCAGGCCUGGGAGCCCAACAAACCCACUCUCACCAUGAGGGAGGUCAUUGACACCAAGGCAGCUGAACAUUUCCAAAAUGCACUGGACUCACUAAGCCAAGAUGAUUACGACAGGGCAAUCCUGUGCCUCAACAAAUGCAUAAUACUCAAGCCUUGGGUUGUGGACUACUAUGUCCUGCGGGCAGAGACUUUCUUACAAUCCACAGACUUUCAAUCAUCAAUACUCAAUUAUAAAAAAGCCUGUGUACUGGAUCCUGACUGUGCUCAAUAUUACACCAGAUUGGCUUUUAUCUAUUACAUGCAAGGACAGUGUUUGUUUGAUCAGAGGUUAUAUCCAGAAGCUUUAGAGGCAUUCUCAAGGGCAGCAGAAAUGCAGCCCAACAUUGAAGGCUAUCAUACAAGGAGCAUAGCUUGCCUGGCAGCCCUGAACAGGCAUGGAGAAUGCUUGGCCCUGGUGAACAAGAGGCUGGAGAUGGAGAAUGACAACCCUGAUUACUAUGUCAUGAGAGCCAGGCUGCAUGACAUGUUCAGAAAUUACACAUUAUGCUACUAUGACAUCAAGGAUGCCCUGGCACUGUCCCCAGACCACCCUGAGGCUCUCAAGUUGAAGAAAAAGCUUGAAGACAAGGCUGAGGACUGUAAGCACCAUGCUGUACAGCUUACCAUCAAUGGAAAACUCAGGGAUGCUCUCCAGAAAAUAUCUCUGGCAAUAGAGACGAACCCAUCCAUUGCAGAAUACCAUGUUUUAAGGGGUGCUGCUCAUCGCCGCCUUGGUGACUUCAACUCAGCAAUAGAUGACUAUCUGCUGGCCAUGGACAAAACUGACCACAACGAGGACAGUCCAGUGUACAGAGAUGCCCAGAGACAGCUGCUCCUCACAUACAAUGACUUUGCUGUGGAGUGCUUCAAGAAAUGUUUUUAUGAGGAGGCCAUAAUAUUGUUGAACAAGGCAAUAAAGGGAGAGAAGGAUCAGAAGGGAUUAUAUAUCAACAGAGGAGAUUGUUUCUUCCGUCUUGGUGAGAUUAACUUUGCCCUGGCUGACUACCACCAGGCUCUGGAGCUGGACCCCAUGAACCAGAAUGUCAAGACCAGGAUAUCCAUCAUACAUAAUGAGUACGGUGUGGCUGACUACACAGAUAAGAAAUAUAAGGAUGCAGAGGCUCGGUUCACUCUGGCUAUUCAGCACAAUCCUAGGAUAGGGCAGUAUUACAUCUCCAGAACACGGGCCAGGUACAUGCUGGAGAACCACAAUGGUGCUCGCCAUGACAUAGUGAUGGCACUGCACUUGGACCCAAGCAAUGAGGAAAUUCUUUCCUUGAUCCCAAGACUCUUCCCUGGUAAAUCAAUCACAGACAUAAUGCAGAGCAAGACUGCUGAGGUGACAAAGAUGGCUUUGCAGAACCUGUCGUCCACUGCAUCUCCCAUCAAGCUUAAGCCCAUACAGUCUUCCGGGCAGUUACCUGUUGCAAGGCAACCUUCACUUGGUGAAGAAGAUGGAGAAGAGGAAGAUGAUGGCACAGAUGAGAAGAAAGGGGCUUUGGAAAUCUCAAAGAAAGGAAGGAGACGGAAGAAGAAGAGAGAAAAGGUCUUCCCAGAUUGGAAAGAAUGUAUGCAAGAGAAGGAAUUUAAUUUGAUUGUAGCCCAGGAAAAGAAGCAGAUCUAUGACAAUGUAAAAGAUGCCCUCCAGAACAGGAAGAGCCUCCGUUACACCAGUGGCAGGGUUCAGCCUCUCAUAGAGCCGUCUCCACAUGUGAGGAAAUCCAAGGGCGGUGUGCUGAAAGAGGAAAUCAUACCCCAAGGUUCUCAAGCAGGCAAAAGUACAGGAUGGAAACAGUUUACUCUGGGAAUUGGACUCCUCAAUGAAUAGUGAACUGUUCUUGGUUAUAUUUAUUGUUUCUUUUAAGGAUUUCUUUUAAUUUUAUUUUGAAUUGUUCACAUGGUUGUUUAAAACAAUUCAGAUUAAGAAGAACACGUGUAUGGAAACCUGAAAAAAGUAUUUGUAUGAUUUUUAAAACAAUUCUGGCAUGAGGUAAUUCUGGCAAGAAGAUAUAUUACAUGCAUUCUGAUGACUGGCUAUAGGUAUAGUAGUAAUCUAGCCUGCAAGUUGCCUAUUUUUACAGCUGAAAUUUAAUAUUCAUACAUGAGUAGCCAGUCUCCCAUGAACUUUAAUGUCCACCUUCCAAACUUGCCCUUCUUAUUGUCUAAGUGAUGGUGCUACAUGUGUGAUAGAAUAAUUGUACAGUGCCAAUAGCAAUGUUAAUUUUUGAAUAAAUAUAUAAAUACUUUGAUUCA